AUGGUGCUCGAGGCGACGAUGAUCUGCAUAGACAACUCGGAGUGGAUGCGGAACGGCGACUACGCCCCGUCGCGGUUCCAGGCGCAGACCGAUGCCGUCAACCUCAUCUGCGGCGCCAAGACCCAGUCGAACCCGGAGAACACGGUAGGCGUGAUGACGAUGGCCGGGAAGGGCGUCCGCGUGCUUGUCACUCCCACCAGCGACCUCGGGAAGAUUCUCGCCUGUAUGCACGGGUUGGAAGUUGGUGCUGAGGCAAACUUGGCUGCGGCAAUCCAGGUUGCUCAGCUUGCGCUUAAGCAUCGCCAGAACAAGAGGCAGCAGCAGAGGAUUAUAGCUUUCAUCGGAAGUCCUGUGAAGUACGACAAGAAAGUUUUGGAGACAAUCGGGAAGAAGCUGAAAAAGAACAAUGUUGCUCUUGACAUUGUUGACUUUGGUGAAUCCGAUGAUGAAAAACCUGAGAAACUCGAAGCAUUGAUUGCUGCUGUUAACAGCAGUGAUAGCAGUCACAUUGUUCAUGUCCCUCCUGGUGAUAAUGCCCUCUCUGAUGUCCUCCUAAGCACUCCUAUAUUUACCGGUGAAGAAGGCGGAAGCGGUUUUGCUGCUUCCGCAGCAGCUGCCGCAGCUACUGGAGCAUCUGGAUUUGAAUUUGGUGUGGACCCAAAUGUAGAUCCAGAAUUGGCACUUUCACCUGCUGCGUUGUCUAUGGAAGAAGAGCGGGGCAAGGCAAGAGGCUAUUGCAAAAAAGGCUGCAGAAGAUACUUCUAA